AUGGACGAGGCAGACAGGAUUGUGGACAAACUUAGGGCGCAAUGUGUGGCCAGAGGAGCCUCAGGCAUCCAGGGCUUGGCCAGGUUCUUCCGCCGCCUAGACCGGGACAGGAGCAGGUCCCUGGACGUAGGGGAGUUCCAGCGGGGCCUGGCUGAACUGGGGCUGCCACUGGGUGAGGCCGAGGCGCAGGCCGUGUGCCGGCGCUGGGACCGUGAUGGCAGCGGGACUCUAGACUUGGACGAGUUCCUGAGAGCGCUGCGGCCCCCCAUGUCCCAGGCCCGCGAGGCGGUCAUUGCAGCCGCCUUUGCCAAGCUGGACCGCAGUGGGGAUGGCGUGGUGACCGUGGAGGACCUGCGCGGGGUAUACAGCGGCCGCGCCCACCCCAAAGUUCGGAGUGGGGAGUGGACAGAGGAUGAUGCGCUGCGUGGCUUCCUGGACAACUUCGACUCUGAGGACCAGGAUGGGCAGGUCACACUGGCUGAGUUCCAGGACUACUAUAGUGGCCUCAGCGCCUCCGUGGACACAGACGAGGAGUUUGUGGCCAUAGUGACCAGUGCCUGGCAGCUGUGA